CGAUCCUAGCAGUUCCCCGUACAAUUCCUUCGGUACCCCGCGGCUUGACCGUCCGUUGGAUAAAGAGAUCCUGGUUGUAUAAAAUCUUCCCUUUCCUCAUUUAUUCCUUCUACAACUUGUACUUUCUACCCCCGUGCUGGGAUCAUCUUUCUCUGGGUUAAUCUACGCGCUUGAUUGAUCAUGGUGGAAAGCGUUCUCGAUGACAUCUCCCACCGGAGGUAUAACCCUCUCCGUGGGUCUUACGUCCUUGUCUCUCCCCACCGAACCAAGCGCCCCUGGCAAGGAGCACAGGAGAGCCCCUCCAAGACAACCUUGCCUGCCUACGACCCGGCGUGCUAUCUGUGCCCGGGAAACCAACGUGCGCAAGGAGAUCAAAACCCCAAGUACGACAAGACCUUUGUUUUUGUGAACGAUUACAGCGCCGUCAAGGAGGAGCAGGCUGCCUACCACCCUGAGUCUGGAGACGAUGUGGAAUCCUUUUUUCUCAGAGCCGACUCCGUGACCGGAAAAUGCUUCGUCCUGACCUUUUCCGCUGCUCACAACCUCACCCUGGCGGACCUGUCCCCGGCUGAGAUUGCCCCUGUCAUUGAUUCUUGGACUGAGAUCUAUGCUUCAUACCUGUCGCCCAACUCCCCGCUGGCGGCUGUGGCCUCCACUCUUACCCCUGCCGCCAAUUCCCCCGUCGCAAGCCUGUCAAAGCCCAAGGAACAAUACCGUUAUAUGCAAAUAUUCGAGAACAAGGGAGCUGCGAUGGGCUGCUCCAACCCUCACCCUCAUGGUCAGAUCUGGACAACCAGCUCCCUCCCCGAGGAACCAGCAGCUGAGCUCGAGCAACUGAAGAAGUACCGCAAGGAACACGGCGGGAAACACAUGCUCGAGGCCUACGCUGCGUUGGAAAGCAAAAAGCAGGAGCGUGUGGUGUUUGAGAACGAGGCGUUUUUGGUGGUGUGUCCUUGGUGGGCCGUUUGGCCCUUUGAAACGAUGAUUGUCAGCAAGAUGCACAAGCGUGCGCUGGUCGACCUCAAUGCGACCGAGAAGAUACAGCUCGCGGAGGCGAUUGCGGAAGUCACCCGGCGCUAUGACAAUCUGUUCGAGACGCAUUUCCCUUACAGCAUGGGCAUUCACCAAGCACCACUCGAGGGAACCGAGGAGGAAAUCGAAUCCUCGUAUUUGCAUUUGCACUUUUACCCCCCGUUGUUGCGCAGCGCGACGGUCCGCAAGUUCCUAGUUGGUUACGAAAUGAUGGCUGAGCCACAACGCGACAUUACCCCAGAGCAGGCGGCCGCACGGUUAAGGAGUUGCGGAGGAGAGCUAUACCGGAAGUUGAACAGUUAGAGAAGCCAACAAUAAAUUCCGGUACUAGUAAUCUACAAUGUCCACAAACGUCGCUCAAGUAGAUGGUCAAAAGAAAGCGAAAGCCGAAGAAUUGAGAAAAGCCUAGCUAGACAAGGGAAAGAAAGAAAGAAAGAAAGAAAGAAAAAAUCGAAUAAUGUACAACCCUUUACUCAAAAAGAAAUUUGAUAAGAAACCCACAAACCCAACCUGGUUAGCUAAGCCCCCAAAUACGCCUCGCGCUGCGACAACAUCCACGCCAAACUCCCCGACGCAACAAUCAACGGACUCACAAACCGGCCCUGGAGCCGCGCGGUCCCAAACCCCA